AUGUUUGUGUAUAGUACGAUGAUGCUUUGGAAUUUCGCGGUCAAAGAAUUCUCGACAAAUGUUCUGCUUGUGUUCGUUACGGUUCUGUUAUUAGUUCGCGCCCUUCAGAUGCUAAGGGAAGCUUUAUCUCUGCCUCCAGGACCUUGGGGACUUCCCAUCCUGGGAUCUCUUCCUUUUUUAAAGGGAGAUCUCCACCUGCACUACAGAGAUCUUACUCAGAAAUACGGAUCGCUCAUAUCGACUAGACUUGGGUCUCAGUUAAUAGUGGUUCUGAGUGAUUACAAGAUGAUUCGGGACGCGUUUAGAAAAGAUGAUUUUACUGGACGACCUCACAAUGAAUUUACCAAUAUUUUAGGAGGCUAUGGAGUAAUAAACAUAGCAGGCAAGCUGUGGAAAGACCAGCGCAGAUUCCUCCACGACGGUCUUCGCCAUUUCGGCAUGUCCUAUCUAUCUUCUAGGAAAACUCAAAUGGAAAACCGCAUCAUGUCGGAAGUUGAAGAUUUCCUCUUUGUUCUCAAAGAUCGCGAAGGACAAUCUGUGGAUUUGAAUCCAGUCUUCGCCGUGUCGAUUUCCAAUGUUAUCUGUGAUGUUUUGAUGUCUGUGAGGUUCUCCCAUAACGACGGCAGGUUCAUUAGAUUUAUGAAUCUCAUUGACGAAGGAUUCCGACUGUUUGGCUCGUUGGAAGCAGCUAUUUUCAUACCAAUUCUCAGAUAUUUGCCCGGAUAUACCCUUACCAGACAAAAAAUUGCCAGAAACCGUGAAGAAAUGGCACGUUUUUUGCAAGAAACUAUUGACGACCACCGAAAAACCUUCGAUCCUAGUCAUAUGAGGGACCUUCUUGAUACUUAUCUUUACGAAAUUCAAAAAGCUGAUGAAGAGGGUACUGGCCAUCAUUUGUUCGAAGGAAAAGAUCAUGACCGUCAAAUGCAACAGAUCAUGGGUGACUUGUUUUCCGCUGGCAUGGAAACUAUCAAAAGUUCACUUCAAUGGGCUGUUCUGUUUAUGUUACACAACCCCGAUAAAAUGUUGGCAGUUCAAGAAGAAUUGGAUCAAGUUAUUGGUCGCCAGAGGUUGCCGAAGUUAGAAGAUCUGACGUAUUUGCCUGUCACUGAAUCCACCAUUUACGAAGUCCUAAGAAUUUCCAGCAUUGUUCCUAUGGGUACUACGCAUGCUCCAGUCAGAGACACCAAACUUAACGGUUUCCAUCUUCCCCCACAUGCGCAAAUAGUACCGCUCCUCCAUGCCGUCCACAUGGAUCCCUCACUGUGGGAAGAGCCAGAAAAAUUCAAUCCUUCCAGAUUCAUAAACUCCGAAGGCAAAGUCCACAAGCCAGAAUUUUUUCUUCCCUUCGGAGUCGGAAGAAGGAUGUGCCUUGGUGAGAUCCUGGCAAGAAUGGAACUCUUCCUCUUCUUUUCCUCGCUUCUUCACAGCUUUGACAUUUCCGUACCAGAGGGAGAAACGUUACCAAGUCUGAAAGGUAUUGCGGGUGUAACCAUCAGCCCCAAUGCCUUUAAAGUUACGCUCACACCAAGGCCGAUGGCUUGGAACAACGAAGAGCCUAACAUUAGGCCAGCUGGUAGCCAUUAG